CUCCUCACCAACAGAUAGUAAAGCACAAUAUGUUGAUUGUUGGAUUGACAGGAGGUAUUGCUACCGGGAAAUCUACAGUGUCAUCCACCUUGAAGGAUAAGUAUAAUAUUAGUGUGAUUGAUGCUGACGUGAUUGCAAAAGAGGUGGUAAAUCCAGGAAGAAAAGCUUAUCAAAGAAUUAUUGAAACAUUUGGGGAUGAAGUACCUGAUCUAGUCAGCGAAAGUGAUGGCUCAUUAAAUAGACCAGCUUUGGGUAAGGCUGUUUUUGGGAAUAAGGCUAAUUUAUCCAAGUUGAAUUCAAUUGUCCAUCCAGCUGUUAGAAAAGAGAUCUUUUGGCAACUAUUCAAAGCAUAUAUUAGCUUUAACGAUAUUGUUAUACUAGAUGUACCUUUGUUAUUUGAAGCCACUAUGCAUCGUCUCUGUGGGUUAGUAAUUACUGUAUCUUGUGAGAGGAUUAAACAAAUUGAAAGAUUAAAGCUUAGGAAUCCAGAGUUGUCGGAGGACGAUGCCAAUAAAAGAAUUGAUAGCCAGAUGUCAAAUGAAGAGAGAAACUAUAGGGCUGACUUGGUCAUAGACAAUAGCAAAACGGAAAAAGACUUACAAGAUUCAAUUGAUUCAAUAGUUCAUGAGAUAAGACCAGGUAUGCUCUAUACCUUGCUCGAUUAUUUCCCUCCUUUUGGUUUGGUAUCAGCUUUAUAUACUUUUGCUACUAGGAGCUUUAGAGAUAAAUAUAAAGGAACUAAACCUCAUAAAAAGCUGGAUUAAAUAACCUAAUAUAUACUGAUCUUACGCUCUCCAAUAUUGUGCUAAACUGUGUAAUCUAUCAAUUACAACGGGUAAGAAGGCAUUCA